AGUCCAGCUCCACCUGCACACUAUACCUUUAAAGCGCAUUCAAAGCACAUUCCUUCCCUCAAAUAAUUAUAGGCACUGUGGUUUAUCCCUCACCAGUACAAUUCCCAGUAAUUCUGAACAAACUACAAUACCCAGAAUUAUUUGGGUCUGGGGAAUGUGCUUUAAAAAUAUAGUCAGUGUGUAUGCAACCUAAUUAGGCCACUGUAAACAAGACAAUGGCUUUCUUUCUCAAGAGAAGUGGCAGGUUCAACAAGGUUAUUUCCAGCUAAAUGGGGUAACCCUCCAUUCCUUUGUGACACAGUCCCAAUUCUCCCCACACUCAUAAGUGUUUCUAUUUUUAAUAAUAAUAAUAGACUAAACAAGCACAUAAAUGCACCUGCACAUUUAACAUUUUGGCUACUUUUUCCUGGUGCUUUCACAUUUGCCACCAUGGGCUCCUUUGGGAGGAAGGGCAGGGUAGAAAUUUAAUUUUUAAAUACUUAUGGAACUGUAUUAUACUGAGUCGGACAACGGUCAGUGUUGCCUGCUCUUGACUGCAGUGCUCAGAGGUCUUUCCCAUCACCUGCUAUUUGAUCUUUUUAACCGGAGCUGCUAGGAGUUGAACCUCAGACACAAAAACCAGCCAUAUGAAUCAGACCAUUGGUUAUCCAGCUCAAUACUCCCUAUCCUGACUCGCGGUGGCUCUCCAGGGUCUGACUCAGCCCUACCUGGAAAUGUUGAGAACUGAACCUGCAACCUUCUGCAUGAAAAGCAGGUGCUCUGCCACUGAGCUACAGCCUUCCUUUCUGAAAGCUUCUACAUGUACACUUACAAUGUGCUAUGGACAUUCCCUACUGUAAAUAAGGACAUCCAUCUCAAUUCUGUGCAUGUUAAGAAAGUUGAUAGGAAAACCUUAGACAUCUUGAUAAUUUUUAGUGCAUUUAGAUCUGGACAUGAAUUGCUUUGUCUUUGCUGUUUUAAGGUGGUUGUUUUAUAUACAGUAUUAUGCUUGUCUGUUUUUAGAUGGUUUGGGUAAGGCAGGCAUCCCCAACCUGCUGCCCUCCAGAUGUUUUGGCCUGCAACUCCUAUGAUCCCUAGCUAACAGGACCCAGUGAUAGGAAUUGUAGUCCAAAACAUCUGGAGGCCCGAAGGUUGGGGAUGCCUGGGGUAAGGUUUUACACUGGCUCUGUGAUUUUAUGUUAUUUGUAUUGAGGUUGUCUUAUGGUUUGCAUUGUAUUUGCAUAAUUUAUAGAUUUAUGUAAACCCCCUUGGGAACUUUGAUCAAUGGGUUGCUCUAGAAAUGGUACAAAUACAUAAAUGUUCACUCAGAAGCAACUUAUGCAGCUUAUGCCCAAGUAAUUGUGCUUAAGCUUGCGGCUUUUGUCACAAAUAAUACAGUAUUAGCUAGAUUGGGGGCACUGUCAUGAAGACCCAUAACUUAACACAUACCAAUGAAGUAGACCACUCUUUAAUAGUAUUCAUGAUCCCAUUUUAAUGCUGGGGGACAGGCAGAGAGACAGCACAUUCAAGGCCAUGUGAUAGCUGCCCACAUCUUGCAGGUCAAAGUUUAUUGUUAACAAGCUUAGUAAAAGUCUCAUUUAGAUUAGUGAGUGUGUCUUGCUCUAUAGCCACUCAACCUCCUAUGCAAACAUUUUAAUUGUUUUUGUGUAUAAAAUAUGACAUUGGAGUUCUGAACCACACUCCUCUGCUCUUGCCAACUAAACUGUUUUUCUCAUUCAAUCAACACCAGAACAUUAACCAAUGACACAGUUAAUUUUACAAACUGAAACUGUUGCCAUAGCUCCAGUUCAGCUUAAAAGAAUAGCCUUUUUAUCCUGGGCUGGUUCUAAACUUGUUUGUGCACCAUACUUAAUUAUUUCUUUCUUACAACUUUAAUUCCAAAUAACCAUGCUAGUUCCUCUCGCUGUGUAACUCCAGUUGAAUCUCAAUGGAUUUUGCUUGGGUUUAAGUGUGCAUAUAAAUGUGCACUGGCUUGAGAAGGAGAAAAACUGCAUGCAGACUUGGGUCGUCAUAUUGUAAAUAGUCUUAUCACCAGCAGCUUAUGCUGACAUGAUCUUUAAUCCUCGUCAUACAGAACAGCUUGGCAUAACCUUUGUCCACUUCUUUGAGGAGGGAAAAAAACCCUGACGUUUUAUCAGGUGACUCAGAACAACUUUAAACAUGCUCAGUUUAUAAGUGAAAACCUCAGAAAGCAAAGUGAAAGAGAAGCACAUUAGUAAGAAUGGUGGGCCAUCAAAAACGCAAAAUAGAAGGAGCUGCAGCAAUUCAUUCCUACAAAUGUCAGCGAAAGGUGAGUGAUGCUUUUAUUUUUCUCUGCUAAAAAUAAAUCAAUCAUACAUGUAAUUAUAAAAUCAGAUAAUUACUCAUAAACAAGAUUUUAUUUAUUUUAACAUUUCUAAGCUGUACAUUUUGCCAAAAAUUACUUGGGAAGUAGCAAUGUAAAGAUGCACGUGUUUAUUGAUUAUAUUACAGCAAAUACUGUUUUAGGGUCUUAGACCAUGAUGACUGAUUUCCACCACCACCCCUCAAAAGGGUGUACUGUACACAUUAUUUGAGGCUAUAGUAUAUUGCAAGCUAAGGCACCAAAAUAAAUAGUGAGAAUACAGUAGUUUAAAUGUACAAAACUUAGUAGAAAAGUUAAGAUUGCAGUGUGGUAAACAGCCUGCAGUGGAUGAUGUGACAACCCUUACUUCUUCAAUAUUCUUGCAAGCCAGUAUGACUUAGUAAGCAAACUUUAGCACUUGCAUUAAAAAUAGGUAUGGCUGCCAGAUGCCCAAUGUGUCAUGGGCCCCAUGGAGACUUCUUGUUAGGGCUGGGCAGAGGGGGGAGGAAUGAUGAGAUGAAAGUGUGGAGCUGGAUCCUGGGGAGGGACCCAGCUGUCUGGAAGGUUCUGAUUGGGUACCGAAGAGGUGCAGAGUGGAUUGUCAGGGAAGAUCUCUACUUUGGUCAUCAGACAUCCAGAGUACAGUGACAGAGCUACUUGACUUGAUGCAGCACUGCCUCCUGCCUGCAAACUGCUUCCCACCCCCAGAGGGGCAUCUGAGGCUAGAUCAGACAACGAGCCAAUCUUGUCAUUUCCACCUCCAUUUGCAAGGAUGCAACAAAAGCAGACCAAGCAAACCCAUCCUAUAUUCAUAACAGUGUCUGCUUGCUUGCCCAGUCCUAUGGCUUGGGAUGGCAACUGCAGGGAUGAAUUUGCCCACCCUGCGCUUCAGAAAAGGCAUAUAUAGAUGGGGUAUCAAGUUUUUGGACAUUGCCUUAGCUUAUGCCUAACCCUGUACAUUAGAACUCCACUGUGAACUUCUGAACCACAUAGCCUGAUAUGUGGUUAAGCAUUGAAGGGAAUUUUGCAAUGAAGCCUUUGGCAGCCACCAAGCUAUGACCAUGUGUGGGAGCCAGAACACAAUCAAAUACUUUUUUUUUUCAGGGGAGAAGCACCUGUUUGUUGUUUUAUUGUGGUCAUCCCUAGCUAAAUACACAAUGCUGCUGGCCUACCUCACAAGGCUGUUGUCAUAAAGAAUACUUAAUAUGAUUUUCAUUUAUUUAAUGCAAUAGGUUUCCAUCUCAUUUUCCUAUGCAACUAUAUUCAAAGUGGCUAGCAAUGACUCCACACACUAAAACUAUAAAAUCACAAUCUAAAACCACAAGAAUGCAAGUUUUAAAAAUACCAUAUCAGAGUCACUGACACACACACAAAAGAAAACACUUGGAAAACAGCACCAGAAUAGACCAGUGAAAAAUAUGUCAUUUCAGCAGUAUUUAUCAUUAAAACCCAAAAGUCUGCAUAAGCUGGUGAGUCUAAAGACCUGAAGGUGCGAAGAGAGAAUAUGAUUGAUCUCCCCAAGAAUGGCAUGCCACAAUUGUAUAUAAACUUAAAUAAGGUGCUUUGACCAUUCUGAAGUAUUAUAUAAUUGCUAAAUAUCACCAUCAUCAAUAAUACAUUAGCUACAAGAAUAUGUUGCGGUUUGUCAUAUUUUUCCAACAACAAAUUUUUGAGUACUGGGGCAGUUUGAUUUCCCUGCAACAGAAAUGCUUUAUAUUCAUGCAGUGACUGAAAACUCUUGAGUAAAAAGGCUUUUCUACAACAGAAAAUCAUUGGGAAUUAUUCUCCUUUAGUUUGCUCAAGGUUUCAGCCUUAAUGAUAAGACAAAAACGAAGUAACAUACUGGUCCUGAUUACCCCCUCCCCCGAUAUCGUGAACUUUGGUGAAGUUUUGUUACAAUGCUUUGAUUUGAUUUGUUACUCCUACAUCUCACAAACUCUGAACUUCCCCCAUAGUCCAUUUUAUAUGCCCUUAUUUGCUUCUGACUUUCCCCCUUCUCCUCAGCAAAAAAAGCCAUCCUCUUUGUCUGAAGUGACAUUUAAAUAAUACAGCUUAUCUGUAAAGCUUUAGCUAUGAGUCAUUCUGCUACAGCUGAUUAGCCUCCAUUUCACUAAGGAUGUUGUUUUUAAUUAUGUUGCUAGAAUAAAAGCAACUUCCACAACUAAAAGUGCUUUCAGAGAUCUGCUUCCACUGGUACCCAAAGCUCCAGACAGGAAGCAAAAGUUCUCUCUAGGAAAAUGCCAUCUAGUACUGGAUAUUGACUGUGCCAGCAAUGGUUCAUGCAGAUCCUGCCAGUACAUUUGCACCAGCAACAAUAAGCAUAAUCAGCCCCAUAUGGAUUGUGGGUGUUAGUCACUGCCUGGAAGUGCUUUGAGUUGCCUUUUUGCUUUGUUGCAAAAGCUUAACAUUUAUCAUGGCCUGGUAUUAAGACUGAAAUAUCAGCUGCUCAAAGAAGUCAGACCGACUCACCACCCUUUCCCAAGUAGAGCCCUCCAUCUUGGAUCCUGCACACCAUUUAGCCUGGUGAAAUACCACUGCUCUCUAAGGAGUGGACCUCAGACUCUUCCAGUGAACAGAAGAAACAUUUCCCAACUUGGGAAGUGUUAUUCAACCAAAUCACUACUAUUCUAGCCUUCGCCUCCUGGAAGGAGAACAAGACACGGGUCCUUAAAGAUAGAGUCACUUAUGGUCACUUAAGGGGAUGGAGCUCCCAGAAAGACACUGCUGGCUAAGCUAUAAAACCCCAAGAGUUGCUCCAGGCUAGAGCUGAGGUCAUGUCUAGUUGGGAAAUUGCUGGCCAUGGUCCUGAACUCACACCAAGAAUCUCUGGGCCAAUACCUGCAAUCAUUUAUAGUGUGCUGGACCUGCCCUGUUUCAGAUCAGUGCCAGCUUUCUUUGUGUCCUCUUGCUUGUGCUGUUGGAUCUUUGGGAUGAUAGAAUCUCUCAUGGGUCAGGAGAAUUCCAUAGGUGGUUUUGUAUUAUAUCUUGUAAAAAAUAAAUAAAUAUGGGUCUUUGAAGGGUAUGAGUCCUGUAAGUCAUGUGAUGUGAAAUAGACACAAAAGAUGGUCAGAACAAGCAUCUACAAGAUUGUCCACUUAUCAGACACAUACCUGGAGCUCUAAAAGGGCUACAUGAAAUUACAUGAAGAUGAACUGUUAUAGAUAUCUAAGUAGAUGUGUGGCAAGAAGGCAAAACCCCAAAUACACUUCAGAUGUCUCUUAUUUUUGUGAUAUAUCAGUUAUCCAGAAUAAAGCUUCCAUACCUAUAAGCAGGUAUAGCGCGGGUGGUGCUGUGGUCUAAACCACUGAGCCUGGGGCUUGCUGAUCAGAAGGUCAGUGGUCCGAAUCCCCGUGACGGGGUGAGCUCCUGUUGCUCGGUCCCUGCUCCUGCCCACCUAGCAGUUCGAAAGCAUGUCAAAGUGCAAGUAGAUAAAUAGGUACCCCUCCGGCGGGAAGGUAAACAGCAUUUCCGUGCGCUGCUCUGGUUCACCAGAAGCAGCUUGGUCAUGCUGGCCACAUGAACCAGAAGCUGUACGCCAGCUCCCUCGGCCAGUAAAGCGAGAUGAGUGCCGCAACCCGAGCGUCGUCCGCGAAUGGACCUAAUGGUCAGGGGUCCUCUUUAUCUUUACCUAUAAGUGUCAUCUGUUAGGACUGGAUGCCAUGACAGAGUUCUUCAGGCCCUAGUUGGUUUAAUGUCUGUACUUGUUGCUCACCAAUUGCAGCCUGAUUGGGAUUAGCAAGCCUCCAGGAAAUGCUGCUGGUUUAGAUACACAGGCUGCUCUCUCUUUUUGUUUGGCUCUCUCUCUCCCUGAAACACACUCUUUCCCUCUGGCCUACCUCACAUCUUCUGCUUGCCUGCUUACCUGUGCUUGAGAACAGGAACUACAUCCAACUGACUGUUGAUUGGAGUUACCAGAAUAUAAUGACACUAGUGUCAUUCAGCCCGUUUACUAAACGGGCGCUAGAACAUUCGGCCUUUUUCGCGGCGGCGCGUGAGGGGGUCGGCUGGCCCUUCCCAUGGCCGCUGCUUCGUCGGGGCGCUCCGCUGAGCCCAGCUGGCCGGCGGGUGCCCAGGAGAAGGCCGUGAUUCGGCCUCUUUUGUUGGUGGCAGCGCGUGAGGGGGCCGGCUGGCCCCUCCCAUGGCCACCGCUUCGUCGAGGCGCUCCGCUGAGCCCAGCUGGCCAGCGGGCGCCCAGGAGAAGGCCGCGAUUCUUCUGAGGACUGCGAGGGAAACGGUAGGCAGAGGGGUGGGGAGAGUGUGUGUGUGUGUGUGUGUGCGCACGUCAAGUCUCUGCGUCCAAUCCCUGUGUCCGUGGGGCACAUGCGCAGUAGCGCAAACCCAGGGACACAGGGAAUACUGAACACAGAGACACUUGCACUUUAUUAUAUAGGAUGAAGGCUUUUGGAUUUGCUUGGGACUACAUAUGGACAUGCCUUAGUUUGAUUUCUUGGGCUAUCUAUGGCUCAUGGUUCUGGAUGGAUUCUUGUGAACACACCACAAUUUCAAACAUCUAAAGCAGUCACAAUUUAUUCAGUGCUAUUUGUGAGCAUGACAGAUUUUAAAAAUAAGUGGCACACAGCUAUAUGGUUUAGUAAACAAUUCAGCUACGGAAGUGUGGAUGAUAUUAGGAGUAUGAACUGAGGAAUGGCUACACAAGACGCUGCCUUAUACUGAAUCAGAUCACUAGUCCAUGUAUUGUUCAUACAAUCUCCAAGGUUACAGAUGAGAUCUUUUCCAGCUCCUCUACCUGGAUAUGCUGGGAAUUGAACCUGUGACCUUCUGAAUGCAAAACAUUUAUUGUAUUACUCAGUGUAGGCCUUCUACGGAGUUCAGGUUACAUAUGAAAAUAAAAAUAAUCAUACAUAAUAAUAAUCACAUGAAUACUAUUUAUCUGAGGAGCUGUCCUUUCAGUACCUCAACACUGUUGAUAUUUGUACACACGGAUGUAAAUUUACCAUGUCAAGGCAGCAUUAUUUUGUCAAGUUUGAUCUGGAUUGUUGAGUGAUCAAGCUCAUAAUUUUCCAAACGCUAAAAGGUCUUUGGGAAGGAAAUCAUAUGAUAAUAUUGUACUUGGACAUGAAAGCAUUCAUCAGAUCAGUUUAACAUGUCAGCAUUCAAAGGAAAAGUCCACCCAUGUUGAUUUAACUAUGUAAAAACUGUGUGAGAGUUGGCCUGAUAAGAGGGUUAGGUUACUUACUGAGAGGUGGUUGUAAGUACAGUAAUCUGUUUUGUCUCACCAUGCUGAUUGCUAGUACUGGUCUGGAAUGCGCAAAAUCCUAAAUUAGAUGUAUAAUUUACUGGGCAUUUUUGCAUCCAAGAGUGCAAAUGCUUAUGAGCAAUUAGCACAUUUAAUUCAGGAGAAAUAAAGCAGGUCAUGCAUCCAAGCGUGUACUAAAAUAGAAUAUUAAGUCUUAAACCAAUAUUCUUCUAAUAAAUAAAGACUGCUUUUUGUUUUUGCAAAAUCAGAAAAGAUAUGGCCAUGUAGAUAUCUAUUUUGCAAUAAAGCUUUGAAGGAGAUUUGUAUAAUGCAUAAAUACAUCUGUGUUUGUACCAAAAACUACAAAAGCACCAUAUAAAGAGGGGUGAGGGAGAGAGAUGUUCUGCUGGCAUUCAUAUCAGCCCGCCUCCCAGUAUAUAUCACAUAACUCAGUUAAAGUGGUCCUAUGAUGACAGCAACCAACCAGAAAGCACCAUGCAAAUCAGAAUACUGUGUCCUGUACCAGCUGCUCCGUUGCUAGCUGGUUGUUAUAGUGAUAAACUGAGGCCUUGCCUCUUGGCUUCUCCUUGAAAGAAAAACCUUUAAUUUCUCAAGGGAAGGAAAAGAAGAGAAGGGGGAGAAGGCGGGGGAGAGAAUUACAUGAGAAAGGAAAACAUUAUCUGACUGUGGAGAAUAGCAGAGAGGGCAUCACCGCAAGAAGCAUUCACUGGCCAUGCCAGUGCUUGCAACUAAUGCUGAGUCAGAAACAGGUAUCCCAACAUCCCUUUCUAAUGAGCUUCCUUCAGAAACCAUGGAAGAGAUAGAACACACAUGUCCUCAGCCUCGACUGACUUUGUCUGCACCUGCUCCAUUUGCAGGUGAUACAAGUUGCCAGUGCAAAGCUCCCCAUGAGAAGCUAACUAUUGCUCAGGCCCGCCUUGGAACACCAGUGGACAGACCUGUCAGAGUCUAUGCAGAUGGAAUAUUCGACCUCUUCCAUGCUGGCCAUGCUAGAGCUCUUAUGCAAGCCAAAACUCUGUUUCCUAAUAGCUACUUGUUGGUAGGAGUUUGCAGUGAUGAUCUAACCCACGAGUUUAAAGGCUUCACUGUAAUGAAUGAAGCAGAGAGGUAUGAGGCCCUCAGACACUGCCGCUACGUUGAUGAAGUAAUCAGAGAUGCUCCGUGGACACUCACACCGGAGUUUCUGGAAAAACAUAAGAUUGAUUUUGUAGCCCAUGAUGACAUUCCAUAUUCUUCUGCUGGUUCAGAUGAUGUUUACAAGCAUAUAAAGGAAGCAGGAAUGUUUGUGCCAACUCAGAGAACUGAGGGCAUAUCGACUUCAGAUAUUAUUACGAGAAUUGUACGUGAUUAUGAUGUUUAUGCCCGUCGCAACCUCCAGAGGGGAUACACUGCUAAAGAGUUGAAUGUCAGCUUUAUUAAUGAGAAGAAAUACCGCUUUCAGAACCAGGUGGACAAAAUGAAAGAAAAAGUGAAGAAUGUGGAAGAAAAGUCGAAAGAGUUUGUGAACCGGGUAGAAGAAAGAAGUCAUGAUCUCAUUCAGAAAUGGGAAGAAAAGUCUAGAGAAUUUAUUGGGAACUUUUUAGAGCUGUUUGGGCCAGACGGAGCUUGGCAGAUGUUUCAAGAGCGGAGUGGGCGCAUGCUCCAAGCCUUGUCUCCAAGGCAAAGCCCCACAAGUAGUCCAACACGAGGGCGUUCCCCAUCACGGUCUCCAUCUCCUCCUUCCCCCUGGCUCUUCAGAAAGGCUUCACCUCCUUCCUCGCCAAAAGCCGCCUCAGCAUCCAUUAGCAGCAUGAGUGAAGGAGAUGAAGAUGAAAAGUAAAAAAGGAAAGAGCAAGGUAAUGAGUAAAAAGAGGAGGGAGGAACCACAAUUGGUCCCACUAAUUCAGAAGUCAAGUGGGAAGAAUAAAGGGGGCAAAUGAGGCAUGAGAUGUUUCUUGAAAGGGAUGCGGCACCACACAGAUAAUGGAGCACAGAAGAUCUCAGCUACAGCAUAGAUAUUUGCUGAAGUGGGAAUUGCCAGACCAACAACACACAAUGAAAGGAUAUGCAAACAUUUGACUCAUUUCUUAACAAUUAUCAACACUUUAUUGUGCUGUUGUGGUUGUUGUUGCUUGAGCACCUUGAAGAGUUAUGAGAAAUCCUGCACUGAAGGGGAACCAUGCGUCCGUUUCAGACAAACAAAGCUGGUAUAUGGUAUUAAGAGGCAUUCCCUUUGGCUACACAAGACGCACCUACAUUUGAAUUUCAUUGCACAUUUGCCAAAAGCUGAACUUUUGAAAAUGAAGUGCUGUCUGGAAACUGCAAAAGCUCCCACAAUGCAAACAAGGGAGAACAAUAAACUCCCCAAUCAAACCAUGUUUAUAGAACCUAACCUGUCUUUCGCAAUGGACAUACUGUACUUCGAAUCUUUUAAGUUUGUUGAAUGUUGCUUGUUGAGCAGGCUAUUCUGUAGGGCCAGUUUAUUUUAAUGUGAACACAAAUUGUUUGGUCAUCUCUUACUAUGUUUUACUAAUGCACCCAAAACUAAUGGUAUUUUCUUUUUUGUAAGAGUUUCCUCCCUGAUGUCGUUAAGAAAGCUAUUUCAUAACUGGGGAAUUUUAUUUAUUUUUGAUUAAUCUAUAAAAAGGCCAAUGUUCAGGCUAGCCCCCAGUCAUCUUGUAUCCAUAGGGCUGAUUUUAAAAUUAUUUUCUCAAAUAAGACUGUGAGUAGAAACUGAACAAGUUAACUGUUAAGAGGUCAGCCUCAUGGGAUUGACUGAAAUGCUUUUUCAUUCUGGUUAAAUGUUUUAAUGUGUAAAUACCCAUGGGAAUCCUAUAGAAAAAAAGAUUACAUUAGAACUGCCUCUUCAUUACAGAGGAAGGUUUUAACAGUUCCACAGUGAAUUAUGCAUACAACUAUGUUUUAUUCUAUCCUAUGCAUGAAUUGGUUUUCUAAAAGAAAAGAAAACAUGCCCCCUAUUAUAUGCUCAAGAUUUAUUCAGCAAAUAGGUAUUCAGAAAAACAUACAUAUAUAUUCCCUAUAUAAAGCCAGCCCAUACCUUUAUAACCUCCCUACAGUAACUUCUGAAACAUCUGCCACCAGCCUUUCUGAGUUCCUCCCUUGCUAAAAAGUGAUAUUACAAAAAGAAUGACAUUGUUUGUGAUCCUACAGCAGGCCUACAUAAGCUGUGACCCAUUAAACUGAAUGUAGUCUACCGACCACGUAUCAGACCUUCUGUAAAACUCCUGGGUUUGCUUCCUGUCCCUAGAAUGCAGGGGAAUUGUUAGGCAGGUGACAAGUAACAAUAUGUAGCUGGUUAUGUUGAAGUUGUGCCCUACAGAUAAAUGAACUGGCUCACCUUUCCAGGGAGGUUGCUACACACUAACUCCCUCUCUUUUCAUUGCUAUCUGUCAAACAUCCAGAUAAUGAUUAUGUUAGGUGCCAAGCUUUCUAGACUAUAUAUAUAUAUAUAUAUAU